AAAAAAAAAAAAAAAAAAAAAAAAAAACAGCUACAGCCACGAGGAAGAGGAGACACGGCGAAGCAGCUACAGGAAUAAGACAGCCAUCUUACUUAAGUUACCUGCAUCACCAAGCCAUGGACAGUGACUGCUUAACCCUACUGCCAUCUGUUUGUGAAGUUCUGGCUGAUUCCACACUUUUGCUACAUGAUGACACAUCUUUGGAAAAGCUUCUUGAUUGUUUUAAAGAACUGAUAACGCAGAAAGACGAGCAGUAUCUUAUGCAGUAUCUACCAUAUCUCCUGCAGUUCUUGCAGAGCAUAACAAAAUCUCAAACAGUAGAUCCCUCUGUUUUUUCAUUCUCACUCAAACUUGUUGGGCUGCUGGCAGCUAAAGAGUACAGUUUCACCUUGCUGGAGGAGAAAGGAGUGUUGGAGUAUAUGUUUCAGCCAGAGAGCUGGCAUAUGCUGGAACUCUGGAAAAAUUCCUCAGUACGUUAUGGGUGGCUACAGGGAUUGUGGAAUAUGUUGCAGCAUCCACAGUCCAUGAACUUUUUCUGCAAGAAUGGAUUCAUUAAGUUGCUCCUCCAUCUGCAAAAUGACAAAGGCCUUUUCAUUACUUCUUUGACUAGUCAGAUUUUAGCACACAUUUUAAACUCCUUCAUGCCAGUAGUGCUGAGCAACAGUACUAAGAGUGAGACCCCAAACUGCUGUCCUGUCAGCACUGAGUUUGUUUCAGUUACAAAAGAAAUAAUGAGCCAUGUAGCUGCCUCAUUAGCCUCACAGGAGCAGGCUGUUAUCAUCUCAGCCUUAAGGUUGUUGGCCACAAUUCUCACCGAGUGUGGAGAACCACUCAAGAGAAUGAUUUGGGAACAUGUUGUGGGACCACUGGAAGUAUUAGCAAAUGCAAAAGAUGACUCAUUUACACUGCACAUCAUAGCAGUCCUUCAAGCUGUUGCAAGGAGUCCUGUUUUGAUCCAACCAGAUUGUAGAGUGGAGACACUGAUGGACAUCAUGUUGUUUUCAAGAAGUGCAACUGAAUCUGUGCAGUGUGCAGCAAUUAUCUUGCAAAUGGAAGACUGCCCUGAAGUUUUAAAAUGGAAAGCCACAGAUGUAAUCAUGCUUCCUCUACUGUGUGCCAGUGCAUCCCCACUACAGCUUCAUGAACCAGAUAAGCUAAAUGGCUACAUAUCACACUUGGAGAAGCAGCUAUCCCUGAAAGCCUUCUGUGUGUGUCUGCUCACUCAGAGCCUGUCCGGCAUAGCAGAGCAUGUAUGUAAGAAAUCUUUAACCGAUAUUCCUGUUCAACUGAUUGCCUCUUCUGUGAUAAAACUUCUGAAAAUAUGCAUUGGCCAUCGCCCCUUCACUCUACUGGAAGCUGGUACAUUUCCUCACCUUAUUGGCUGUUACAAGGUUCAGCAGUGCAGUAUUGACCUACUAGGUGACCUCACUGUUUAUGCAGAGAGCAUGGACUUAAUUCAGGAGGCUUUUACUGUUCUUCUGCAGUAUCUGCAGUAUCCUGGCACACAUGCUACAGUUUUGAAGAAAACACAUCAGGCCACUCUUAAAUGGCUCAGUAUCUGUUCACCAUCAUCAGAUUUAUGGAGGACAGUUAUACAUGAGCUCUUUCAAUUAAUGAAGAAACAUGUAUGUGAUGGACGAUGGGAAGUGAGAGAUUCAACUCUGGAGUUUAUUACACAGCUCACAGCCAACCUCAAAGGUAAUAGUAAAUAUACUGAAACUCUUCAUAGUAGUGGCAUGAUCUCAGUGCUCUUCACCUCAUUGUCAGAUUUAGAAGGCUAUGUCCAAGCAAGUGCAGUGGCGGCUCUUGGAGAGGCAAUAACUACAUCUGAUGUCUGUAGCAAUGUGCAGGAAAAAGCUGUGACACAUCUGUUGAGCAUACUCUCUCAAGAUACACAGAGCUUCCCACAUCGUGCUGCAGUGAAGGUCUUCACUGCAUGGCUAAAAAGCCCACAUUGUUGUACUGCCUUGGAGCAAUCUCUUAGCUCAGUGUUGUUACUUGCUGGAAAUGACUUUGACUGGGAGGUUAAAGUUCACACCCUGGAGUUAGCAGAUGUAUUGAUGGACAAAUCACUAGAUCAUUGUCCCUGUCACUUUCAGAAGAUCUAUAGAAGCUCUGAAAGUACAUGCUUAAUGCAGGCAUUAACCAAACUGAAGGAUUUAGGGGUAUUUGAGUUUCUGUUUAAAUGCUUAUUUGACUGUGACAGAACUGUUUGUCAGAAAGCUUGUUCACUCCUGCUUAAGCUAAGAACAUUUAUGAAAGAGAUUGCUACUGUUGACCACAAAGUCCUUAGACUUGAAAUAUGUAAGUACAGUUGGAAUGAGGAAAUACUUCAUAGAUACCACAAAAACCGAGAGGCCAUUGAGCUUAACUGUGUGAAAAAUGGAGACAAAGUAUCUUGUAGGCAAAUGGACAGUGAAGAUUCUCUUGAUGUAUCUCCAAAAGAGAUGGAUCUGUGCCAGAUAUUAGAAUUAUUAGACCUUGAGAAGAUGCAACAUACUUUAUCACUAAGUAGUGAUCAUGUGAUAAAUUCACCAAAAUCACUAAUGGAAGACAUUUUAUUUAUGACAAGAGAAAGUGAAAAGAAUAUUGCAGAUUGCUAUUGAAAAUGAGUGCUCAAAAGUGGUAAUCUUGUUGUGAGGCAGUACUCUUGACAUUGUAUCCUGAUGGCUUUGUGUUGAACAGAGAAGCCUUUGUUUUAUAACACUCAUAAGUAACUUUAAAUGUUAAGUUUCAUUUACAAAAUUUAAUAUAGGGCUGUACUUUAAACUCAAUUAUGCUUGUACAUAAUUGCACAUAACCCCUGAGCUUCUUUUUUUUUAUAACUAGCAACUUAUAAUGUCUCAUGUCUUGAAUGGAAUGUGGAUUGACUGUGGUUUUCCAAUUAAAUAUGACUAUUAAAAACUGUCGAAAGGGUGUAAGAAACAUUCUUCUUAAAUGGAAAUGUAACUUGAUACACAUGAUCUCUGUGGACCCCAAAGUAGUCAUACUCAUGUUCUUCUUUUUUUGUUUGUUUGUUUUUGUUUUUCUUUUUUUUUUCUUUUUUUUUUUUUUUGGCUAUUUUCAUGCUAUUUGGCAUUAUCCAGUUCAUCAAUAAACAUAUGUGAUGUCCCAA